AUGGAGGAAGCUAGUGGUGGUGUAGAGGUGGAGGAGAAGAAGAAGACACCAGGAGAAGGAGAAAGUAAGUCUAAGAGGAAAAUGAAAACUGCUUCCCAGCUUGAGAUUUUGGAGAAAACUUAUGCAGUGGAUACAUAUCCAUCAGAAGCAGUAAGGGCUGAGCUUUCAGUGCAAUUAGGACUGUCUGAUCGGCAGUUGCAGAUGUGGUUCUGUCAUAGGCGUUUGAAGGACAGGAAGGCACCUUCGGUGAAGCGACCUCAUAAGGAAUCACCAUCACCAGCAGGGAUGCCAGGUGGAGGGGGAAUGGGAGUGGUGACUGAGGUGGGAAAUGAACAUGGAUCAGGGUCCAGUCCAUUUGGGCUAGCUGUGGAUCCACGGCGAGCAGUUGGGAGGCCCACUGGGGUGGCAGUUCCAAGAAUUAGUGCUGAUGUGCAAGCAAUGAAGAGGUAUUAUGAGCCACAGCAGUCUAUUGCUGAGCUUAGAGUGAUAGCAUUUGUGGAAGCACAGUUGGGGGAGCCUCUGAGAGAGGAUGGUCCAAUUCUUGGGAUGGAGUUUGACUCCUUGCCACCGGAUGCAUUUGGUGCCCCUAUAGGAUCAGCGACAGCAGGGCAGCAGAAACAACCUUUAAGGAUUUUUGAGGCCAACCUAUACGAGCGACCUGAUGUAAAACCCAUCAAGGGUACUACAAGGACUCUGCAUGAAUACCAAUUCCUUCCACAGCAGCCAACUGUUAGAGCAGAGGCAUGUGAGAGAGCUGCCCCGUCAUGCCAGUAUGGCUCACCUGCCGAUGGUCAUAAUGCGAAGACUGGAUCACUAUCUGCCGCCCGACCAUUCAUGCAUGGAAACGAACAAGUGUCCUCUGUUUGUGGUUUGUCAAGUCAGGUGCCUAGCCUAAGUCUCAUGCCUCAAGAGAGCAGGCAGGGCCAUCUUUUGCCAUGUACUACUGGAGAAUAUGACACUGUACCACAAAAAAGCCCCUUUAGAAGUGUUGGUGUGGAUGCGCAAUUCGGUGCUCACCCGAUUAUUGCAUUGGACAAUUCUUUUAUGUCAUCUGACAGGAGAUUGACCCAUGAGGAGGAGGCUUUGCGCAUAGAGAGGAAACGCAAGAGUGAGGAGGCAAGAAUAGCACGAGAAGUUGAAGCCCACGAAAAAAGGAUCCGAAAAGAGCUUGAAAAACAAGAUAUUCUAAGGCGAAAGAGAGAAGAGCAAAUGAGGAAAGAAAUGGAAAAGCAUGACCGUGAAAGGCGGAAGGAAGAAGAAAGGUUGUUACGUGAAAAGCAGCGAGAGGCGGAGAGAUAUCAAAGGGAGCAAAGGCGUGAACUGGAACGCAGGGAAAAGUUCUUGCAGAAGGAGACUAUCAGAGCUGAGAAAAUGAGACAAAAAGAAGAAUUGCGUAGAGAAAAGGAGGCAGCAAGGCAAAAAGCUGCUACUGAGAGGGCAAUUGCACGCAGGAUGGCUAAAGAGUCACUGGAGCUUGUUGAUGAUGAACGCUUGGAACUCAUGGAGCUAGCUGCCUUCAGCAAGGGAUUGCCUUCGAUUAAUCCUCUGGACUUUGAAACUUUGCAAAAUCUAGAUUUAUUUCGAGAUAAGCUAACUGAGUUCCCUCCCAAAUCUGUGCUAUUAAAGAGGCCUUUUCUUAUUCAACCUUGGAAUGAUUCUGAGGAGAAUGUAGGAAAUCUUCUUAUGGUUUGGAGGUUCUUAAUUACAUUUGCGGAUGUUCUCGGGAUAUGGCCAUUCACUCUGGAUGAGUUUGUCCAAGCUUUUCAUGAUUAUGAUCCGAGGCUAUUGGGUGAAAUACACGUUGCCCUGUUAAAAUCCGUCAUUAAAGAUAUUGAAGAUGUUGCUAGGACACCUGCAACUGGGCUGGGGCCAAAUCAGAACAGUGCAGCUAAUCCUGGCGGUGGACAUCCUCAGAUUGUCGAAGGGGCGUAUGCAUGGGGUUUUGAUAUACGUAGCUGGCAGCGACACUUAAAUCCAUUAACUUGGCCUGAAAUAUUGCGGCAAUUCGGUCUUUCUGCAGGGUUUGGACCUCAACUGAAGAAAAGGAAUGUUGAACAGGCAUAUCACCGAGAUGAUAAUGAGGGUAAUGAUGGUGAAGAUGUAAUUACUAAUUUACGGAAUGGAGCAGCUGUUGAAAAUGCUGUUACCAUAAUGCAAGAAAGGGGAUUUUCUAAUCCCCGCAGAUCUAGGCAUCGCUUAACGCCUGGUACUGUUAAAUUUGCAGCAUUUCAUGUUCUCUCUCUUGAGGGGGGCAAGGGUUUGACCAUAUUAGAAGUAGCAGACAAGAUUCAGAAAUCUGGGCUGAGGGAUCUUACAACAAGCAAGACACCUGAAGCAUCAAUUGCUGCUGCUUUGUCAAGGGAUUCUAAAUUGUUUGAGAGAACGGCUCCAUCAACAUAUUGUGUACGUCCUACGUAUAGGAAGGACGUAGCUGAUGCUGAGGCAAUACUUUCUGCUGCCAGAGAAAGAAUUCGGAUAUUUAAAAGUGGUAUUGUAGAUGGAGAAGAUGCUGAUGAUGCUGAAAGAGAUGAAGAAUCUGAAAGCGACUUGGCAGAGGAUCCCGAGAUUGAUGAUUUAGGUACUGAAUUAAAUUCUAAGAAAGAGGCUCAUGAUUCUCCUGAAGCUAAUGAAUUUAAUGGGAAAACACUCUUGGAGAAUGGAAAGGAAAGUGGUGUUGUUCUAAAAACUCCACAAGUCAGCCUUGAGAACGUCAGUGCGGGUUUGACUUCCCUGCAUUCUGAAGGCAAUAAUGAUGUAAAGGGUCCUGCUUCUUCCAUAGAUCAAUCCGUUGAUGUUGCUGAAAUCCGCACCACUCCUGAGCAAGAUGUAGAUAUUGAUGAAAGCAACCCUGGGGAGCCAUGGGUUCAAGGACUUGUAGAAGGGGAAUACUCUGAUCUGAGUGUCGAGGAGCGUCUUAGUGCACUUGUUGCAUUGAUUGGUGUGGCAAUUGAAGGAAAUUCCAUUCGCCUUGUUCUUGAGGAACGCUUAGAAGCAGCAAAUGCUCUAAAGAAGCAAAUGUGGGCAGAAGCCCAACUCGAUAAACGUCGCAUGAAGGAAGAAUUUGUCACGAGGACACAAUAUUCAUCAUUUAUGGGGAACAAGAUGGAACCUAACCUUGCAAUUUCUGCAGCAGAGGGCAGACAAAGCCCAAUGGUAAGUUUCGACGACAGAAGUAACGGGAUGUCUCUGAAUUCUUCUGUUCAGCAAGAACGAUUAAGUGACCAGCAGAGUGACGUGCAUUAUACAAGUACUAUGCCUUCUGAAGGAAGCAUGCAAAUUCAAGAUUUAUCUGCCGGUCCAGAUAAUCUGCCGUAUCAGCAAGUAGGACAUGCUGCUGAAAAGUCACGUUCACAGUUAAAAUCUGUUAUUGGUCACAGGGCAGAGGAGAUGUAUGUAUAUAGAUCAUUGCCCCUUGGUCAGGACCGCAGGCGAAACCGAUACUGGCAGUUCACUACAUCUUCCCGGAAUGAUCCUGGCUGUGGCAGGAUCUUUGUUGAGUUACAUGAUGGUCGCUGGAGGCUUAUUGAUUCUGAAGAGGGUUUUGAUGCUCUGCUGUCAUCUUUGGAUGUACGCGGGGUUAGGGAAUCCCAUUUGCAUGCAAUGCUGCAAAAGAUUGAGGCGUCUUUCAAGGAAACUCUCAGGGGGAGAAUGCAACAUGCUAAUGCCGAAGGGAAAAGUAAAGACCAAAUCAAAAUUGAAGUUGUUGAAACAGCUGCUGGCCCUGAAUCUGGCAUUGGCAUGGAUAGUCCGCGCAGCACUGUAUGUGUUCCAGAUUCUGACAUGUCUGAGACCUCAACAUCUUUCACAAUUGAGCUUGGGAGGUAUGAAAUUGAAAAAAAUCACUCCUUGAAGAGAUUUCAAGAUUUUGAGAAGUGGAUGUGGAAAGAAUGCUUCAAGUCUUCUUUGUUGUGUGCCACGAAGUAUGGGAAGAAAAGAUGCAUGCAACUGCUUGGUGUUUGUGAUUACUGCCAUGACACUUACUUUUUGAAGACAACCAUUGUCCUUCUUGCCACAAGACCCAUGACGCCUCUCAGACUGGCUUGA